CUCAAACCAAUGAAGGUUUUUAUAUAUCUAUUAUAUUAAAUAAAGACUUUACAAGGGUCAAAGUCAACCCUCAAUAAGUUCAAACUUCAAACACACCAGUCUUGAUAACUUCAAAGUUCAAAAUAGCUACGAGAUCUUCAUCAAUGGAGGACAGAAAUGCUAACAUAAUCGGCGGUAUAUCUAUCAUCAAUCUCAUUGUAUUCAUCAUAAUUGCCAGAAUCAUUCUCAAACUCACCGAACCGUUUUUCUUGAUACUCGGAGCCUGUGUCGCUGCUAUCCUCGCCAUCAUCGUUUUCUACUUCAUCAGGCGCCGUUUUCAAAGCAGGAGGCGGAAUCUGGAGACUAUAAUUGCUUCCGAAGGUAAAGAGUUGCGAAUCGAGUAUAGUUUUCUCCGGAAGGUAGCCGGACUUCCGACGAAAUUCCGGUCAAAGGAGCUUGAAGAAGCCACCGACAACUGGAAGUCGAUGAUCGGACAAGGAGCUUCGGGAUCUGUUUUCAAAGGAAGCUUAAAGGAUGGUACGGCCGUUGCGGUGAAGAGGAUCCAACAUGGAGAGGAAAGAGGGGGAAAUGAAUUCAGAUCUGAAAUCUCCGCCAUAGCUAGCGUACAACACGUAAACCUUGUACGCCUCUUUGGAUACUGCGUUCAGAGUAACAAUCUCCAUUUUCUCGUAUACGAUUUCAUUCCAAAUGGCGCCUUAUCGAACUGGAUAUUCCCACGCCCUUCCUCCGCCGUGAUUAACAACAAUUGUGGCGGAUGCUUGUCGUGGCAACAGCGAUUGAAAGUCGCAACCGACGUAGCAAAAGCCCUAUCCUACCUACAUCACGAUUGCCGGUCGAAAGUCCUCCACCUCGACGUCAAGCCGGAGAACAUCCUCCUUGACAAAAACUACAACGCGAUCGUCUCCGACUUCGGAAUAUCAAAGCUCAUGAAUCCAGACGACAGUAGAGUCGUAGCAUCAAUGAGAGGUACAAGAGGCUACAUAGCUCCGGAAUGGUUGCUCGGCCUAGGAAUCUCGGAGAAAUCAGACGUGUUCAGCUACGGUAUAGUUUUACUAGAGCUCAUCGGCGGGAGGAGGAGCGUGAGGUCGAUUGACGUCGUCGACGGUAACGGAUCAAAGAGGAAGUUUGAGUAUUUUCCGAAGAUGGUGACGGAGAAAUUAAAAGCAGGAAAGAUCAUGGAAGUGGUUGAUCAACGGUUGUUAGAUCUCGGCGACAUUGAUGAAAACGAAGUAAGAAAAAUGGUGCACGUAGCGUUAUGGUGCAUACAACACAAGGCGAGACGGAGGCCGAGCAUGGUGCAAGUGGUGAAGUGGUUGGAAGGGCUGGCGGCGGUGGAGCAGCCACCGGAGACUACGAUGAUGGUGGUUGACCUACUUGCUAUAGGGAACGAUGAACAUGGUGACGAAGGGGGAUGGCAGAAUCGUAAUAAAAGAAGAAAGCCAGGGGUUGUUGCUAGAGUAGCUUCACAAAUAACUGGCUGCCUACCCUUGGCACCAAUUUCAACAACGUCGGCAUACAGGUCAAAAUCGUUCACCUAUACAAUGUCUAUAAUUACUCCUAGAUAGAUACUACAUAUUUUAUUAUUUUAUUUCAUUUCAUUUGAGUAAAAGUAAAACCGAAACGUGUCGUUUUUGAGUAAAAGAAACCCCUUUCGGUUUUAGGUUUUCUGGGUUUUGAUCAUUUUUAUAUUAUUUUUUUGGUUUGAAAACUGAAAAAUUAGUAUAACAACAGCUCAAUUAAAGUGUAUAUGUAAAGUAAUACAAAGAAAAAAUAACGGGUUUCGUGUUGCUA